AUGGAUAACCGCGGUUCCUUCUUUUUUCUUCUGCUGGUGUUCUACCUCCUGCUCAGCUCGCAGUCUCGACCGCCGUUGAUUGACGAAGAACAUGAACGGGAACGAGAGCUUGACCGCGAGCGACAUGCGCUUUCACGACUGAAUGAGUCGAAGUAUGGCGACUUUGACCCGCCGGCGGAUCACUGGCUACCGUUCUUAGGAUUUAGGAAGAAUGACAGUUAUGCCUGGGAGUUGUUACAAAAUGUCCAGGACCGCGCGCGACAUCAGCUAAAAUCGAUCCUUUCGAGCUCUGGCCUCGACCCUCCAAUAGGCCUCGAUAGUCCUGAUAGCCAUUCAGCUCUCAACCUGACAAAAUUGUUCCUGCCAGUCUACCAUAACACAACGGGAAAAUUACGUGGAGAGUGGGUUCGACGGGACAAGGGUGUACAGCGAAGGGUUCCUCUUAAUACCACCGCUAUCGCUCAGGAGCAUGAAUACUUUACCCAUGAGUUCAGUUCAAACAUCACGGGCAGUGCAGGCACCUUCUACUUCGACCUGGAAGAGGGCGGAGGUGAAGAGGUCCGGGUGGGACACGGAAUUGCUCGAGAAAUUAGAGCUAGUGUCACCGUCGAGAGCGAUGAUUUUUGGGGAAACACCUGGUACUUAUCGCUCUAUGGAGUACAUUACCCCGAGACUGGAGGGAUUAUCCUAAGCACUUCUAGUGAGAAGUUUGGCGGCAUUUUUUCAUUACCGCAUUUUGCUCUGUCUCCUGACACCUACGAACUUUCGCAUCAGCUUUUGGUCAAAUCCUUGACUGAUAGUAUGUCAGAUAAGCAAAGCCGUCCACCUACAGUAUUCCCGUGGGCUUCACUUGCUGGGUCAGAACAGAUGGAAUUUCCAGCUCCGAAGUGUGAACAUAUCAUUUUCUUACAACAACACCCAGUGAUCAUUGACGAUGCCGUCGCCGAUCGCGUGUUGCUUGAAAGGAUAGAACAAGAGCUCAGAUACCCUAUGGGGGCACCUAUUCCUGAACCCCCGCCAAUGGUCAUGUCUGCAGUUGUUUUUUCCCCUGAUUGUGGAUACAUACUCGAGACCAAAGGCACGCCUGAGUUUCCACCAACCGACCCGCUUUACCUGGUUGGGCCCAAGUAUGAAGAGUACAGUAAAUAUGCAUCUCGUCUCAUAUUUGUCGUUGCGGCCGUGUUUGCAGGUCAGAUCAGCCUUCUUCUACGCCAGAUCAAAGAAGCAUCUACUCCUUCCACCCGGAGCCGAGUCAGCUUCUAUACCAUUGCAUGCAUGGCGCUGGGCGAUGCAUUCGUUCUCACUUUCAUCAUUUUAGAGCUGUAUGCUGCAGUUUCAUUUUUGGUACUGGCCACUGCUUCGUUCCUGGCCUUCCUCUCAGUGAGUUACAUCGGCAUGAAAUUCAUGAUGGAGAUAUGGGCAGUGCAAGAGCCAGAAAGACGCGAAGAGAGACCAGCCAACCCAACGCCUCCCGCACCUGGAUCAGCAGAGCUUCCCUUGCCAGCUACCGCAGUGCGCGACACGGGUGCAACUCCAAUCAUCCUCCCUCCCGACCAAGAUGCGCCGGAAGAUGAGGAAGAGGUCAAUCCACAACCUGCUAACCGGGCAACACCGCCAACCCCGAGCCAAUUACGGAGUGAUGUCGGGGCCAUGUACACACGUUUCUACCUCUCCCUAUUUGGAAUGCUCAUCAUAUCAAUCUGGGCGUUCCUUCUGCCUCGACGCCUGGGGGCUCUUUACGCCCGCGCUUUGGCGUCCAUCUAUCUCUCAUUCUGGGUCCCCCAAAUUUAUCGCAACGUCAUGCGGAAUUGCAGAAAGGCCCUGCGAUGGGACUUCGUCAUUGGCCAAAGUACCCUCCGCUUGUUCCCGUUCGUGUAUUUCCUUACGGCGCGCGGAAAUGUGCUGUUCAUUCGACCAGAUUGGACCACCGCAUUUGUCUUGACCGGAUGGAUGUGGAUUCAGGCCUGGGUGCUUGCUAGCCAAGAUAUCCUAGGUCCGCGCUUCUUUGUUCCCCGUGGCUGGGCUCCGCCUGCCUAUGAAUACCACCCAACAUUGCGAGACCAUGCAGGCUCAGAUGAUGACCUGGAGGCUGGCAGUAUUAUAUCUAUCGCAUCACUGCGUGCCGAUGAACGAGAUAUGGUCACUGACAAAGAUGGCGAUAAGCAACGCUCGAAGGAUCGCAAGCGAGUCAUGUUUGAUUGUGCUAUUUGCAUGCAGGACAUCGAAGUUCCUGUUCUAUCAGCCCCGACUUCUGCUGGCGGAAGUGUUACCGAGGGGGCUACAAACAUUCUGAGCCGCCGAGCUUACAUGGUCACUCCUUGCCGGCACAUUUUCCAUACUGCCUGUCUGGAGAGCUGGAUGAGGCUCCGUCUGCAGUGUCCCAUCUGUCGCGAAUCCAUACCUCCUGUUUAG